GCCCAGGCAAAUGGACAGCAGUGGCUAACCUUAAUCAGCAUGUAGCUGUAACUAGUGUUGUUGGUGUUCUCAAAUCGCUCACCGCCAGUUACGCCUUACCUCUCUGCGGCUCUCUGCUCCCAGCCGAGCCUAUGGAAGCCAUCGCCUGGCGGCUCUCCACCCACCCCUUCGCACUCCCCGUCUUCCCUUAUCGUUGCCUCCUCUCGGUCGCCCUCAGUCGCCCUCCUCCACAGUCUCCGAUCGCAUCCGCCCUCUUCCUCCGGCGACGCCGUCGCCGUAGAAAACCACCCGUUCUUUCCCCCGCUUGCUCCUCCUCCCCCCAAUCUGAUUCUCUAGAUCCUCCCUCCGCUCCUCCUCCUCCUCCUCCCCCUUCCCUGACGCCUCAUAUUGGCGCAAGGCCCGUUCCCCUUGCAAUUUCUAUUGUCGUCGGCCUCGCCGUCUGCUUCAUCAUUCCGAGGCCAGCCGAGAUAACCCCCCAGGCGUGGCAGCUCCUCUCCAUCUUCAUCUCCACCAUUACCGGUCUCAUGCUCAGUCCGCUUCCCAUCGGCGCAUGGGCUUUCCUCUGCCUCACUACCUCCGUCGUCACAAAGACGCUCACCUUCACAGAGGCGUUUGAUGCGUUCGAGAACGAGGUAAUCUGGUUGAUCGUGAUAUCUUUCUUCUUCGCGAGGGGCUUCGUCAAGACUGGGCUCGGGGAUAGGAUCGCCGCCUAUUUCGUCAAGUGGCUUGGCAAGAGUACUCUAGGGCUUUCUUACGGGCUAACCGUAAGUGAGGCUUUCAUCGCCCCCGCUAUGCCCAGCACCACCGCGAGGGCCGGUGGGGUCUUCCUCCCCAUCAUACAAUCGCUGUCGCUAUCUGCCGGAAGUAAGCCCAGGGAUAGUUCGGCCAGCAGGCUCGGAUCCUAUCUAGUUAUGUCCCAAUUCCAGUGUUCCAGUAAUUCAAGUGCACUUUUCCUAACUGCUGCAGCUCAAAAUCUGUUAUGCCUUAAAUUAGCUGAAGAACUUGGAGUCGAUAUUGCAAGUCCAUGGGUGUUAUGGUUCAAAGCUGCAAGUUUGCCUGCCUUAGUUUCUCUUCUAGUUGGCCCAUAUAUCUUAUACAAGAUCUUCCCUCCAGAAAUUAAGGAUACACCAGAAGCACCUGCUCUGGCAACAGUGAAACUGGAGCAAAUGGGACCCUUAACAAAGAAUGAGCAAGUGAUGAUCUGUGCAAUGAUUCUUGCAAUUUCCUUGUGGAUCUUUGGAGAUGUUUUCGGUAUACCAAGUGUGGUUUCUGCAAUGCUUGGCCUAUCCAUCCUCCUACUGUUUGGUGUUCUGGAAUGGGAUGAUUGCCUAGGUGAGAAAUCUGCAUGGGAUACCUUGUCUUGGUUUGCAAUUGUUGUCGGAAUGGCUGAACAACUUUCAAAAUUUGGAAUUGUGACAUGGAUGUCAGAACAUGUCGCCGAAUCUCUCCAGCAUUUCUCACUGAGCUGGCCUGCAGCAUUCUGCCUUCUUCAAGCAUCCUACUUCUUUGUUCACUACCUUUUUGCAAGUCAGACUGGACAUGUUGGAGCUUUGUAUUCAGCAUUUCUUGCUAUGCACUUGGCAGCUGGUGUUCCUCAUGUCUUAGCAACAUUUGCUCUGGCAUAUAAUACAAGUCUAUUUGGUUCCUUGACACAUUAUAGCAGUGGUCAAGCUGCCGUGUACUUUGGAGCGGGUUACUUGGAUCUUCCUGAUGUAUUUAAAAUGGGCUUUAUAACAGCUUUAGUGAAUGGUUUAAUAUGGUCAUCUGUUGGUUUUUUCUGGUGGAAAUUUUUAGGGCUAUACUGAGGAAUGAUGGUAAGUUGAAACAAAAUACUCCUUUUUAGUGCAAAAGCUGUAUAGUUGAAGCAUUCUAUUAUUUCAAGUAUUUAAUAAUGGUGGAACACCUAAAAGUAGUUGAUGUAUAUGUAACACUCACUUUCAAUUUGUAUACGGUCCAAACAAUUUGGCGAUGUAUAAAUCAAUCAACUGUCUCCAGUUGAUACACAUUCUUACAAUGUACACCAAAUGGUACCAGAUGGACGAACUAUCGGGUAGCUGUUUUGUCUUGUCUUUAUAA